UCUCUCUCUCAGAUCCAAAUCGUCCGAUUCACACACACACACACUCUCUCUCUCUCUCUAGCUCGUUUCGUUUACCCAUGAGCUUACAGAGCUCAACCCAAUCGUGAGGAGAGAGAGAGGGAUAGACUACUCAUAAUCACACCGAACCACCUUACACCCUCCAUUCUCCGAUUUUCUUGCGAUUUGGGGUUUUUGAUUGCUUCACUGUGUGGCAGUAGGCGGCAGAGUUUGAGAUCAGGGUGUUUUGAGUGAUGUCUGUCAGUUCAGUGAGCUGCUAAAAUGGUGGCGAUUUGAGGAUGAUGAAGGUAUGUGAGUAAUCUGGCUUGAGGUUCUCUUUCUGUUGUGUAACUACUGGUAGAGGCGAUUCUUGGGGAAUCUGUACUUGAAAAAGAGUUUCUGAGAGAAUGCCUAAUGUUUGUUGGUUCUUUAGUUAAGCCCUAGAAAUUGAAUGUUCAUCUCGAGCUGGGAACUGAAGGAGAAAUUCUUGUUCAGCUCGAGAUCUGAUUUUUAGUUUCUUCCAGAAAAUGAAUGGGUGGUGAUUUAGGAAUUUAAGUUAGAGAUAUACAAGAGGUAAGCAUCCAUGGAAGAUUUUUCGAAAUACUCGCAUAGUCCAGCGCAUCUAGCAGUUGUUCGUCGAGAUUAUGCCUCUCUCAAGCGCAUUGUUGCGUCCCUUCCUCGGCUAGCUAAGGCUGGUGAGGUUAAUACUGAAGAGGAAUCUCUUGCUGCAGAGCUCCAAGCUGAUGCUGUCUCUGCUGCUAUUGAUUGUCGCGAAGUUCCUGGUCGGGAGACGCCUCUGCACCUUGCUGUACGCCUUCGAGAUCAGAUUUCAGCUGAGAUUUUGAUGGGAGCUGGUGCUGAUUGGAGCUUACAGAAUGAGCAUGGUUGGAAUGCCCUACAGGAAGCUGUUUGUACGAGAGAGGAAGCAAUAGCGAUGAUAAUUGCUAGACAUUACCAGCCUCUUGCAUGGGCGAAAUGGUGUCGCAGGCUUCCUCGUAUUAUUGCUUCUGCUUCUCGGAUUCGGGAUUUUUACAUGGAGAUAACUUUUCAUUUUGAGAGUUCGGUUAUUCCUUUUAUUGGUCGAAUCGCCCCAUCAGAUACUUAUCGCAUUUGGAAGCGUGGUUCUAAUCUUCGAGCCGAUAUGACCCUUGCUGGUUUUGAUGGUUUUCGAAUUCAACGUUCUGAUCAAACAUUUCUCUUUCUAGGUGAGGGUUAUAGUUCAGAGGAUGGUAAUGUUAAGUUAUCUCCAGGUUCUUUGAUUGUUCUUGCUCAUAAAGAGAAGGAAAUUACAAAUGCCUUAGAGGGAGCUGGUAUUCAACCAACAGAAGCUGAAGUUGCCCAUGAAGUGGCCUUGAUGUCGCAGACAAACAUGUAUAGGCCAGGCAUUGAUGUUACUCAAGCGGAGCUUGUUCCCCAUUUAAAUUGGAGAAGACAGGAGAGAACUGAGAUGGUCGGAAAUUGGAAGGCGAAAAUAUACGAUAUGCUUCAUGUGAUGGUGAGUGUGAAGUCAAGGAGGGUUCCUGGAGCUAUGACAGACGAGGAGCUAUUUGCUGGAGAUGAUGAAGAAAGGCUGGCCAAUGGUGGUGAAAACGAUGAGUUUGAUGAUGUAUUGACAGCAGAAGAGAAAAUGCAAUUGGAUUCCGCACUUCGAAUGGGAAACUCUGAGGGUCCGGGCGAGGACGAGGAACACACAGCCUUCGAAAGCCAAGAAAAUGGUUCGGUAGGUUCUUACGAAAACUGCGAUCCAAAUGGUGCUACUAAGGAGAAGAAGAGUUGGUUUGGUUGGAACAAGAAGAGUAGCAAGGGAAGUAACGACGAUCCCGACGAUCCAAAGAUUUUGAAGAAAGUUUCGAAAUCAGCUCCGGAAGGUGCCCAUCAAAAACCGUCUUCUGAAUUAUCGACAGAAGAUACGGGGGAUGCGAAGAAGGGAAAAGAUAAAAGCAGUAAGAAGAAAAAGAAGAAAGGAGUCACCAAUGACUCUAAGCAUGAAAGUGAGUAUAAAAAGGGUUUGAGACCUGUCUUAUGGUUGACACCAGAUUUUCCUUUAAAAACAGAUGAGCUUCUUCCUCUACUUGACAUCCUAGCCAACAAGGUAAAAGCUAUCAGGAGACUAAGGGAGCUUUUAACAACCAAGUUGCCUCAUGGUACAUUUCCGGUGAAGGUUGCUAUCCCCAUUGUCCCGACGAUUAGAGUACUAGUUACUUUCACAAAAUUUGAGGAGCUUCAUCCAGUUGAAGAAUUUGCUACCCCACUCUCAAGUCCAGCACAUUUCCAGGAUGCUAAGUCCAAGGAGUCAGAGGGAAACUCGUCAUGGAUUUCAUGGAUGAGAGGAAGUCGAGGUGGGCAAUCGAGCGAUAGUGACAGCAAUCGGUAUAAGGAUGAAGUCGACCCGUUUCAUAUACCGUCCGAGUACACAUGGGUUGAUGCAAAUGAGAAGAAACGCCGUAUGAAAGCCAAGAAAGCAAAGAACAAAAAGCACAAGAAACAAGCAACUGCUAAAGGCGGGAAUGGAGGAAUUCAAACGAGUGAGGACGUGGAAGAGUAAUUCUUUUUUAUAGGUGAUUUCUUGCUGCUGCCAUUGCCACUUUGAGAUCCUUCUGCAACAGAUGGAGGUAAGCUUUUCUCCUAUUUGAAUUUGACCUUUUUUUCUAUUUUGCACAUUGAAAGAUCAUGAGCUUAGAGGAUCCAUGGGUUAUUUGUUUGGUGGGAAAGGCUUUGUUGAUUAAUCAAGCAUCGUAUCUGUAGUAAUUUUCAUCUGGAAUACAUCUCUGGAGAGACACAGUCUCUUCUUUUGUAGCUUAUUUCCAUUUAAUUUUCAAUUAGACCCCAAUCUUUGUACCUGAUCACCGAUUAUAAAUUUUACGUUUUUGUUGUUGUUGCUGUGUAA